AUGACUUUCGCCAUGCUGCGGCCGGUGGCCACGCGCCUCAUCUACUCCGACUUCACCUCCGAGGAGGAGGAGGAGGAGGAGAACCGCAGCGGGAGCGACGGCGGUUCCGAGCGCAGCUUCUGCGGAUCCGCAGAGAAGCGCGCGCGGAUUUCCCGCGCGCUGGAGUCCGGGGACUCCGCGGUGGUGAUGAAGCAGAGGAGCGCGGCCAACGCCAGGGAGAGAGGCCGGACCCAGAGCGUGAACACCGCCUUCACGGCCCUCCGGACCCUCAUCCCCACCGAACCCGUGGACCGGAAGCUGUCCAAGAUCGAGACCCUGCGGCUCGCCUCCAGCUACAUCUCACACCUGGCCAACGUGCUGCUCAUUGGAGACGGCGGCGCGGACGCACAGCCGUGCCUGGGCUCGGUACACGCGCAGGGGGAGAGCGCGGGGAAGCAGCCGCGGAGCAUCUGCACCUUCUGCCUGAGCAACCAGAGACGAGGGGUGAAGGAUGGAAAGGAGUGUUUGAAACUGCGAGGGCUGGCUCCGCUGCGAAUGAGGCGCUGACUCAAGACCAGCGAAGGAUCAAUCAACCUCAACACAGACUUCUCAGGGAAGAGCCAAAGCUGGGUUUUAAUUCUGACGGAGCCGUGCACGCUCCCGUGCACUCCUGUACACAUGCUGGAUUCAAUGAUGGAGACUAUUUAUACUUCA